AUGAUUGUGGAGUCAAUGGUAUGGGCCGGGCAAUUCAACAUUGGCGAUUUUAUUCCAUUCAUUGCUUGGAUGGACAUCCAAGGGAUCUUGCGACAGAUGAAGCGUGUUCAUAAGAAGUUCGACAAGUUUUUGACAGAGUUGAUAGAGGAACACCAGGCAUCAGCGGAUGAGCGCAAGGGAAAACCAGAUUUUCUCGAUAUAAUUAUGGCCAACCAAGAAGAUGGUCCUCCGGAGGACAGAAUUACCCUAACCAACAUUAAGGCCGUCCUCGUGAAUUUAUUUGUGGCGGGAACAGACACAUCAUCAAGCACAAUUGAAUGGGCACUGGCUGAGAUGUUGAAAAAACCUAGCAUCUUCCAGCGUGCUCAUGAAGAAAUGGAUCAAGUGAUUGGGAGGAGCCGCCGGCUUGAGGAAUCCGACUUACCAAAACUCCCAUAUCUACGAGCCAUAUGUAAGGAAAGUUUCCGACUGCACCCAUCAACCCCAUUGAACCUCCCCCGCGUCGCAAGUGAAGCAUGUGAAGUGAACGGAUACUACAUUCCAAAGAACACUAGAGUCCAAGUGAACAUAUGGGCGAUUGGGCGAGACCCCGAUGUGUGGGAAAACCCCGAAGAUUUCGCACCAGAGAGAUUUCUAAGUGAAAAACAUGCGAACAUCGAUCCACGUGGGAACGAUUUUGAGUUGAUUCCGUUUGGGUCGGGAAGAAGGAUCUGUUCCGGCAAUAAGAUGGCAGUGAUCGCAAUUGAGUACAUUUUGGCCACAUUGGUGCACUCAUUUGACUGGAAACUCCCAGAUGGCGUUGAGCUCAACAUGGAUGAAGGUUUUGGGCUUACGCUGCAGAAGGCUGUUCCGCUUUUGGCUAUGGUGACUCCCCGGCUGGAGCUGAGUGCAUAUGCUGCUUGA